UUUAUAAAAAAAAAAAAAAAAAAAAAACCAGGCGGGAGCGCAUGCAGAGUCAGUAUCUCAUAAAAACCCAAUUCAAUUCAGAUCUCUCUCUUUGACCAAAAAAAAAAAAAAUUCAGAUCUCUCUCGCUCUGGCCCUUUCAAUUUCUGUCGCUCUGGCCCUCUGUCUCUCGCACGCUGGCUUUGUGUCUCGUGCGGGCUCGCUCUUUUGCAAGCUGGCAUUCUGUCUCGUGCUGGCUCGCUCUCUCUCCCAGUCCCCUCCAGCUUCUCCUCUUCCAUUGCCAAGCAGAUUAACCAGUAGUCAGUAGCCUCUCUAUGGCAGGUGUCACCUACUUGAGCAGAGCAUGUGCAAAUCCCCAUUUUGACCAUUGAUUAAGUGUGCAGGAUGACCUUAACAGACAUUGUAGAUUUAUCUAGUGAUGAUGAACUUGGAGAGGUUGAUGUGAAACCUGUUAAGUUGGAGCCAGGUCUCGUUGGAAGAAAAUUGCAACAGAAUGAGAACAAUAAGGCUCUACUUGUGAAGCAUCAAAAGUCAAAAACACCAUGUGCAAUACGAGAAUCUGAAGAAAAUAGGAGCUCAAAUGCUCUAAGUACUGGUCACAGUAACUCUAGUAUAUUAGACCAAGGGCAGUCACCAGUGGAUGAUACUGGCCUUUCUUAUACAUCACCUUUAUCUCCAGCACCACUUUGUCGGCAGUUCUGGAAAGCUGGGAACUACAAUGAUGGCAUUGGUUCUAAAGUCACAAUUCAAAAUGGCAAAAACUAUCUACAUGUCCACCCAAUGUUCCUUCAUUCAAAUGCCACUUCACAUAAAUGGGCCUUUGGUGCCAUAGCAGAACUACUUGACAAUGCAGUUGAUGAGAUCCAAAAUGGGGCCACUUUUGUCAUUGUAGAUAAAACCUCAAAUCCAAGGGAUGGAAGUCCAGCAUUGUUAAUUCAAGAUAAUGGUAGUGGGAUGGACCCUGAAGCUAUGCGGCGCUGUAUGAGUUUUGGGUUUUCAGAUAAGAAAUCGAAAUCAGCCAUUGGACAAUAUGGAAAUGGCUUCAAGACCAGUACUAUGAGACUUGGUGCAGAUGUUAUUGUGUUCAGCCGUCACCAGGAUAAGAGGGUAUUGACUCAAAGCAUUGGUCUUCUCUCUUAUACAUUCUUGGCACGAACAGGCCAUGACAGAAUAGUAGUACCAAUGGUGGAUUAUGAAUUCAACACAUCAACUGAGACAUUAGAAAUAAUGCAUGGGACGGAACAUUUCAUGUCUAAUCUUUCCAUGCUGUUGCAGUGGUCCCCAUAUUCAACGGAGGCUGAUCUUCUGAAGCAGUUUAAUGACAUCGGAGCUCAUGGUACAAAGGUUAUUAUCUAUAAUUUAUGGUUCAAUGAUGACAGGAAUGUGGAGCUAGACUUUGAUACAGAUCCUGAGGAUAUUCGUAUUAGUGGGGAUACCAAAAAAGUUAACGCUUCAUCCAAAUGGAAGACAGUAAAUGAAGAGCACAUUGCUAACCGUUUCCAUUAUUCUCUUCGGGUAUACUUGUCCAUCUUAUACUUGCGGAUACCGGAAACCUUUCAAAUAGUACUUCGUGGACGAGUUGUUGAGCAUCAUAACAUUGCCAAUGAUCUCAAAUUUCCAGAAUUUAUCUUGUAUAAACCACAAAUGGGAGGUUCUGUGGAGGGUCAAGUUAUUACGACUAUUGGUUUUCUUAAAGAAGCUCCACAUGUCAGUUUCCAUGGCUUCAAUGUUUAUCACAAAAAUCGUCUAAUAUUGCCAUUUUGGCAGGUCGUGAGCUAUUUAGACAGUAGGGGUCGUGGGGUGGUUGGUGUUUUGGAAGCAAAUUUUGUUGAGCCGAGUCACAACAAACAAGAUUUUGAGAAAACUUCUCUUUUUCAGAAACUUGAAGCUCGUUUGAAGGAGAUGACAUGGGAAUACUGGGAUUAUCAUUGUGGGCUAAUUGGGUAUCAGGUAAAGAAAAAGCUUAUCCCACAAGUUUCAUCCAAUCGUACGCCACAUAGUGGUGUUCAACAACCUGUCACAUUGGGUCAAAGUUCCCCUGCUGUUGGUAGUAAAAAGGCAGCACUUGGAAGAUUUGAGCAAUUAAUACCCGACUCCCAAGUAGGAAGGAUGAAGAGAAAGGAGAAUGGUGAUAUUCCGCCAGUAAAAAAUGUGAAGGCCAAGCUGAUUGAUGGGAAAAGUCAGAAUGUACAGCUUGUGAAUCCUACUGGAAGCGAGCUGAAAGAUGAGGCUGUAAAUUUGAUGCAAGAGAACAAAAAGCUCCGGGCUAAAUGUUUGGAAUAUGAGAAGAGAGGGGAAGAAUUAAAUCUCAAGGUGACACGGCUUAGAAGUGAAAUAAAAGAGCUCAAUGACGAAUACUCUCGGAUGAUGUCCGAAUUAGAAUCUUUGGAGACUGUCAAGGAAGAAUCAGGUGUAUGAAUGCAUAUAUAGCGAGUGUUGUAUCAUUGAUUCUUUCAUUUGUAAAACAUUGUAUGCAUAGCUCCGCCUAGUCUACAGUUUUCGACCAUUAGGAUGAUAGGCAGAUGUGAUCAUCGAAUCUGAAAGCUGAGGUCCUGUGUUUUUUUUCCUUAUUUUUUGUUUUAAUUUCUCCGUCCUUUCCUUGUCAGUUUUCAUGGGCUCUUGUAAAUAAAAAAGUUGUAUUUAGUUUCACUAACAAUUUAGACCCUGCUAAUUUCACAAUUAGAAUGUAAGUAGUUACAGCUUAUCUGUCAACAAUAUUUACUUCUAUGCUUCCUAAUGUUUUCGCUGUUUGGAAAAGUAUUAGGAA